UAUCCUCUCAAUGGCCUCUUCGUCUCUUCCUCUCGCUCUCCCGUUUCCUCUUCGAUCCCGAGCUCGAGCUCUUCCUUUCAGAUGUUCCCCUCUUUUUCUCUCUCUUCCUACUUCCUUCGUUUGCCUCUCCACUCAAAACCCCUCCGGCUACGACCGCGAAGAGGUACGGUGGCUCCGAGAAGAGCAAAGAUGGAUUCGCGAGGAGCAGCGAUGGCUUCGAGAGGAACAGAGGUGGAUUCGCGAGCGUGAAUCGCUCCUACGCGAAAUUUCCGAUCUCCAGCUCCGUAUCCAAACCCUAGAAUCUCGAAAUCCGCAGCAGGGGACUUCCGUUCCCGAUACGAUCUCGAACAUUGCUGCUCUGUUACAGGUUCUGAAGGAUAAAAAUCGGAUUUCGGAGAGUGGGUCGAGUGUAACGUCGAUGGUAUUGGAGAAUACGAGGGAACCCGAGGAGGAAGAAGAUGAAGAGGAGGAGGAAGUGAAGGCUGUGAUUGCUGAGGAGAAAGUUAGGGUUUUGGAGACGGUGACGAAGAAGAAGAGGAGGACAUUGAAGGUGGGAAGCGAAGGCGAAGAGGUUCAAGCUAUGCAGGAAGCUCUGCUCAAAUUAGGAUUCUAUUCAGGAGAGGAGGACAUGGAGUUUUCCAGCUUCUCAAGUGGGACAGAAAGCGCUGUAAUGACUUGGCAAGCAACGCUUGGCGUCCGUGAGGACGGGAUAAUGACAGAAGAGCUCCUUGAGAGGUUGUUCAUGGAUCAAAUAACGGAUAAGGACGAAGCAAGUACAAGGAAGCAAGUGGAAGCUGGUAAUGGACCGGUGAAGACACAGGUCUCUGAGAAGCAGCAGGCAAUCACAAAAGAUCAAAGUGACAGUUCUCAAUAUCGGGUGUACCUUCUCGGAGAAAACCGAUGGGAAGAUCCGUCCAGGCUCAACAAACCGGUAGGCGGAAGUAAAUCUACAGAUACCAAAACAAAGUGCAUCACUUGUCGAGGGGAAGGUCGAUUGUUGUGCCUAGAGUGCGAUGGAACCGGUGAACCAAACAUCGAACCGCAGUUUAUAGAGUGGGUUGGUGAAGAUACGAAGUGUGCCUACUGUGAAGGUCUUGGCUUUACAGUUUGCGAUGUCUGCGAUGGCAAAUAAUCAAGGUUUAUGUUUCGUUCACAAGACACAUUUUCUUAAUUAUGUAGUCAUACAUGUUUAUUAUGAAGACAAAUGUACAACUCUUCUGUAUAUCAGUUUGAAGUUUGAUCUGUAUCUUGUAAAAACACGAUUGUCUCGGCAUAAGUUCAAAUGCGGUGGCAUAGAAUGACACAUAGGUCUCAAUAGCUUUCUGAGUAAUUUUGAGGUCAAGAGUUCGAGCAUCUCUC